AAUCUGAAUUAUUUUAUACGUAUUUUGUUAUAAAUUAUUUUGCAUCUUAUUAGUAAAGCAGUUUCACAUAAAAAUAAUAUAUACUUACAUGUUAUAAUUUAAAGUAAAAUGUAGUUCAUUUUAUUAAUGUAAAGUUAUUUAAUUACUUUAAGAAUGAUUUACAUAUUAAACUAAAUAUAUACCAUAAAUAAAACAAACUUAAAUUACAUAAAUGUAUAAAUUGAAUAUAAUAUGUAAUAUAAAAAUAUUUACACAUGUAAUUUAAUGUAUACAUGAUAGGUAAUGCAAUGUUAUUCUGACAAUACACUUGUACAGGUUGCACAUACAAACAGAUGAAAUUUAUCAAAAAAGCAAUCGAAACAUAAAUUUAUAUAACCAUGAACAUUUCACAAAAAAAACUAUUCACGUGAACUAUUAUAACCACAUGUAUAUAUGCAGGGAAGUUCAUGUUAUACAAAUUUUAUCAUCUGUUUAUAUACAAAUGCUUGUAGUUGAUCAUAUAUUAAUGAAUGUAUUUUUAUAACAUCAUUCCAAAUACUCAGGCUUCGGUUUUCUCCAAGAGCCCCCGCAUACAGAUUUAUCACUUACAAAUUUCCUCUCUGCUUACAAUUUACAACUCAAAAUAUCAUAAAGUCAUUUGCUAUGACUAUCGACCUACGACUUGUACGAGGUAACCUGUGGCUGGAGCUUACGCGUCGUUCGGUUUGAAGAUCACUGUGCUCCCCGCUGCUCGAGCUGUUCUACUUUUGUUCAUGUAAGGAGGUUUGAUCGUGCACAGGGAUAUUUUGUCAAUAACAACCAAGCCGAAAAUGCAGUCUUUUUAUUUUUGACUUUUAUCUUAGUCUGGUUUCAAGAAUCAUCCUUUAAAUUUAUUUGCACCUGUAGUCUAACACCCCUAUUUAGUAGAAAAAACUAGACUAUAGACAUUUGAUAAAAUGUCUCAAAGCUACAUUCACGCGUGCGAAAGGGCGGAAUUGUUAGGAUUACCGAUACCUAGCGAAGAAGAAUGGAAAGAGACCCAAAGAAUAGAAGCCGAGAAUAUUAAUAAUGAUAAAGAUGAAGUGAUCGAAAAUCUGGAUUCUUCUAAUGAAGCUGCGCAUCGAAUAGGUGGUGGAUUAGAUGAAUUAAAUAGUAUUCUCAGUGUUACGCAGAAGAAGAUUAACAGAUUCAAGACUGUUUGUGGCAGUUUGGGUACUCUAUUGAAAGUAAGAGUUGGAUCCAAAAACAACACACCAAAUCGUAAAUUCAUUGAACGAAACCAUAAUGAGACAAAAGAUAUUGGUUCCGAAACAUCUAUGAGUGAAGAAAACUUGAUAGUAGAAUUAUCCAAUGACAAGAAACAGAUAGAAAACACAGAAACUAACGCAGUAAUGCCAAAAACAAUCAAUCUCAAUGAAAAGAUGGGAUCUCAUUUGGAUAAGUUAGACUCUCUCAUCACUAAAGCAGAAACUGCUCAGUACAGCAUGCAAUAUCAAACAAAACAGAUGAAGAAAUUCUUGAAAUAAUUCUUCACAGCCAAAAGUAGUAUUCUAUUCUAAUAUUAUCAGAUCUCUUUCAAACUUACUCAUUAUUCAUAGUACCAUGCUUGAAAAACCAUACAAGUUCAAAUCUGUAUUGUGUUAUGUAUGGUAAAGAUAGACAUAGAUAAUAGACUGAUAAAUAUACAAAGAUCACUAAAUUACUAUAACAUUUAUCAAAUAUAUAUAUACAAAUGGACAUUUUACAUUCUGAGAAAACAAAUAUUUAUUUUGCUUGACUGCUUAUUACACUCUAACUGCAUAUCAAUGUGCUAUGUAUAUAUAUUUAUUAUACAUAUGUAUAUUUAAUAUAUAUGUAAUAUUAUAUGCAUUAUAAUAUAUAUUUAAUGUACAUAUGUCCGUACAGAAGCAUUAUUGCUUUUCUAAAAUCUUAAGACACAUUCAAUAAAAUGAAGUAAUAUCAUUAAGGUAACUGGAUAAAACUUGUUCUUCCUAAUAUUUUCAUUAAAUGAUAUUCAUGUGAUCUAUUCUCAUAAAACAAUGGCAAUUAAAUUUUUUUUACAAACAUGAAACACAAACAAUUUAUCAAUAUUCAAGCAGUUAUAAGUUAAAAUUGAUUCUUUCUAUGAAAGAAAUAUUAAAACAAUCAGUGUUAAUAUUAGCUAUCAAAUGGAUAGUAUAUGUGUAUGUAUUUUUCGUUAAUGAUUUUAUUGUAAAUUGAUAUAACUAUAAUUGCAGUUAUUGCAUUGUAAACAUAACUAAUUAUAGUAUAGUAUGGUUAUUUAGCUAAUUUUAAAUUUUAGAUAUAAUAUUCUUUCUGUUUUUUCUAAUUAUAUGUUACAAAUUAUAUUAUUAUUAUAUUAUUAAUUAUAUUAUUAUCGUAGAUUUCAACAAGUAAAGUGAAAUUUAUUUCCUGCUGUAUGUUGUACUUAAAUUUAUUCAAAUUGAUAAUAUAUUUAUCUUAAAAUAUUUAAAUUUUGUAUGAAGAUUGCUUUAGAAAUAGCUCAGAUUUUACAAUAUUGUGAGCUUAUGUAGUUAAGAUAAUUAUAUACAUUAUAUUAUUUACUUAUGUUACAUCAAAGUGAACAUAUAUCUAAUAUCAAAAAUGUUAUAUCUUGUUAAUUGUCUUUAAAAAUGCAUAAUAUUUAAUAUCUAUUUUGUUAACUAAAUGAGUAUAUUUUAGGCAAAAAUAUUAAUUUUAAGCAAAAGUGAACAAUUCUUCCUAAUAUCAACAAUAAAAGAAUUCACAGAAAAAUUAAUAACCUUAUAAAAUGCAAUUGUUACAAAUAAUUUAUUAUUGUUAUAAAGAUGUUGCAGUACCUGAAAUCAGGUAUUAGACAAUAUUAACGUGCCAUGUACAUACAAUAAUGUGAGUACAUAUUAUAUACGUACAUAGUAUGGGUUGUUAAAAAACGGUGAAUUUUCUUUUCUAUCUAGCUAUUAUUAUAAAAGUAAAAUUUUUAUUAUUACAUUUAUUUAGAAAAUAAAAUUUUCUAAAUAGAGUUGAUGUUUAAUAGUAUUUAACUGCAUUGAAACAAAAGAAUUGUAUUUUUACAUCGAAGCGUGAUGUCGAUUACUAGCAACUUACGAAAUACAAGAAAUUAAGUGCGAGAAACAGAUAUGUUAUAUAGUAAAUUUGUGAAAAUGUAUGUUUCAUACGGUAAUUUUUGUGUUCGUAAUUUUUAUUUAAAAUUUAUUUAUAUGAAUAGCAAAAAAAAUUAAUGUAACAGAUAGUCAGUUUUAUUCUUGUAACAUAACUG